UGACACCGAUGCUGAACUCUCGUUCCUCUUGCAAAGGUUUUCUGGUGAUUUAGGAGGCCGCUGAACCUGAAUUACUUGAUGAAUUUUCUAUCGAUCCUAAACACGUCAGAUUAAUCUCUGACACUGCUACUGGGUGGCGGUGCAGGAGCCGGCCAGGCCACUCUUCCACUCCCCGGUAUUAGCGCAGAAUGAGAAGAAUAAGGGGGAAGAAAGUUGGCAAACAGCCUCUGCACACACCUUGUAUGUACACAGAGGGAGGUGCAGGCGCCAUUAACUCCCCAGAGUACUUUCUUUCGCUACUUAUUUUAUUUUAUUUUAUUUUAUGCUUGAACUGCUUAGUCAGGCACUUAAAAGAAGAAAAAGCGACAAAAGAUUACUGCGAAGAAUAAGAUGUGGCUCAUUUUUAUCGUUGUAAGAACAUCAACGUUUUUUAUUUGUUUGUUUUUGUUUGUUUGGUUUUUUUUUUUUUGUCUGAGAUUCUUCCUCUUGUACAAGCUCCGGGUCUGGUAAUAUGAGCAGAUCGAUACGCAGAGCCAGCAGGGGAAAUGAUUGAGGCUUAAAGUGAGAGCUUCUAAUCAAAAACUGAGGUCAUAUGAUCUUGCGCGUGCGAGAGCGGAGUGUAUGUUUAAUUCCAUUUCCUUAUCCGGGGGUCCGUCCAAGAGGCGUGCAAUUGGCUGCUUUCCGUCACGUGGAAUCCCAACUUUGUUCACUUGACAGAAAAGAAGGAGGGUUUAAGUGAACAGGAAUAACCGAAGACUAAAGGGAUGACAUAUAAAUUUUAGUUAUAUUUCUUUUCAAGCCUGUGCAAUUUGAGAAAAAGACUGAAAUUAAUGGUCAUGAGCUCCUAUUUGAUCAACUCCAACUAUGUGGAUCCGAAGUUCCCACCUUGCGAGGAAUACUCACAAAGCGACUAUUUGCCCAGUCACUCCCCGGACUAUUACGGCUCCCAGAGGCAGGACCCUGCCGCUUUCCGGCCAGACUCUGUCUACCACAAUGAGCACAACCCGGCUCAUCACCAACACCGACUCGAGCCGCCGUACACGCCGUGUCAGCGUGCACCUCAACCCGCUUCAGAAGUGACGUCCCCCCAGGGUCACACUAUUCUCCCCACCGGUCUGCACACCACCCCUGUGUCGGAGCAGAGCCUCCGCUGUGACUCGGUAACACCGAGCCCGCCUCCACCUCCAAUAUGCGGCCAAACACCUCGCAGCCAAAGCGCUUCUUCCCCCGCCAGCAGCCAAAAGGACCCGGUGGUGUAUCCGUGGAUGAAGAAGGUGCAUGUAAACAUCGUAAAUUCCAGCUACUCUGGUGGAGAACCUAAACGCUCUCGGACGGCCUAUACUCGCCAACAGGUUCUGGAGCUGGAGAAGGAGUUCCACUACAACCGCUAUCUGACACGCAGGCGUAGAGUGGAGAUCGCGCACACUUUGUGUCUGUCAGAGCGGCAGAUAAAGAUCUGGUUCCAGAACCGGAGGAUGAAAUGGAAGAAGGACCACAAGCUGCCCAACACGAAAGUCCGCUCCGGGACUAACAGCAUCACAAGCUCUCAGACUGUGUCCGCAUCUCAGAACCGCUCUUCCGGACCUCUAUAGCACGGCUCUUUGAGUUGUGGCAAUGUGGUGCCCGUCCGUAUUUUCCCGUUUUCAGAUUGGAAACUGAAGAUGUGGUGAAACAAACCCUCCGGAAUGUGCACUUUGGACCAGAGUAGAAACUUAACGCUUGAAUAGAGGACCAACUCAACUCGUGGCAGACUGCAGGGCCCGGACUGUUCCGUAACAAACCUAUGACUUUGUGUGGGGGGGUUUUGUGGGAGGACUUGUAAAAUCUGACUUAAAGAAUCCAAAAGGGAGGCAUGUGUUAGAAUUAAAAACACAGAGCUACACAGUUCGUCGAAUAGAUUUCCCGAAUCCUAACAUCGCUGUACUUUUUCUCCUCUUUAAAUGUACUUCUGCCGUCUAGACAGUCACCCACUUACCAUAUUUUACUUAUAGUGCUGUGUGUGUGUGUGUGUGUGUGUGCGCGUGCGUGCGUGCGUGCCUGCAUGUGUGUGUGUGCGUGCGUGCAUGUGUGUGUGUUUUAAUACUCUUUUCUUUAGCUUUUUUUUAUUAUUUUGAGAACAUCCUAGCUUCCAUGUUUAAUCACACCAAACCUGAGAGCCAUUAUUUAUGUCUUCUUUGUGGGGUACAAAGCAAAGGGGUGAACCGCGCGGCUCUGCCCAUAACCCCGCCCUCUCAGACCACUACCCCCCCUGACACACUUCUAAAAAAUUGAACUGUCGUUUCCUCCAUAGUCCCCACUC